AUGGGCCUGCCCCUGCCCCCAGGAAAGCCCUCGUCGCCCCUAGGGAAAGGACACAUCAGGAAGAUGGCUCCUGCAGCGGCCGAGGGAGAGAAGGGGUCUCCCGUGGUGGUGGGCCUGCUGGUCGUGGGCAACAUCAUUAUUCUGCCUCCCUUCCAAGCCCUUCCAAGGGCAUGGGAGGUUCUGGACCAGGCAAGACCUGCGUUAUGGAGACUGUUGGCCCAAACUUUCCCUGCCCAGCUGUCAGGCCUGGCCCUGUUUGCUGAGACAGUGUGGGUGACCGCCGACCAGUAUCGCGUGUAUCCGUUGAUGGGCGUCUCAGGCAAGGACGACGUGUUCGCUGGCGCCUGGAUCGCCAUCUUUUGUGGUUUCUCCUUCUUCGUGGUGGCCAGCUUCGGCGUCGGAGCCGCACUCUGUCGCCGUCGGUCCAUGAUCCUCACGUACCUGCUGCUGAUGCUCAUAGUCUACAUCUUUGAGUGUGCCUCCUGCAUCACAUCCUACACCCACCGAGACUACAUGGUGUCCAACCCGUCCCUCAUCACCAAGCAAAUGCUGACCUUCUACAGUGCGGACACCGACCAGGGCCAGGAGCUAACCCGCCUCUGGGACAGGGUCAUGAUUGAGCAAGAAUGUUGUGGCACGUCUGGCCCCAUGGACUGGGUGAAUUACACGUCAGCCUUCCGGGCAGCCACUCCGGAAGUGGUGUUCCCCUGGCCCCCACUGUGCUGUCGUCGCACGGGGAACUUCAUCCCCGUCAACGAGGAAGGCUGCCGAGUGGGCCACAUGGACUAUUUGUUUACCAAGGGUUGCUUCGAGCACAUCGGCCAUGCCAUUGACAGCUAUACGUGGGGUAUAUCGUGGUUUGGCUUCGCCAUCUUGAUGUGGACGCUCCCCGUGAUGCUGAUAGCCAUGUAUUUCUACACCACUCUCUGAGGAGCAAGGGGACACCAUGUGUGCGCCUCAGCCCGAAGCCCUGCCUCUCUGCCUCACCGGGGCCUCCUCAACCUCCUCCCCACCCCACCCCACCCCUGUGUACCUCAGCCACAACCCACCCUGUCCACCUCCCUCCAUUUCCCUUCUGGCAGUUCCAAAAUCCCUUUAUAGGUGUAGGAGCUGGCCUGGACCCUCGCUGUGCCCCAGGCCCUGGAUUUGUGUCCCUGGACCCCCUUGGCCCUGUUUCAUUUGGCUGAUCUGUCGACAACAAAAUGUCCUGUCUUCGGAGGCUCUUUGCUGCUCCUAACAACCCAUCAUGCACCUCUGUGGCUUCCAGAACUUCUUGCAAGUGUAGCCGCCGUUGCUCGGUAGUUUGUACCGGUAGUUUGUAUCUGACAGACCAAGGCUGCUGGAAGAGGAGGGACACAUUCUGCUCUGGUCAUUGUGGGGUCGCCAUCAUCACCCAGCUGUCUGAGCAGGGCUGGAGAUCUAAUAAACACUGGCUGGCUGAAGUUGC